CCAAUCAAAUAACUCGGUCGAUGAAAUGAAAUUUACGAAAUGAAAGUCCGCCACAUGUCCGCCAUAUCUACUACAUCUUCUUUCUAAUAGUGACGUUCAUAUAAUUUUAUGUUAGAUAGUGCUGUUGUGUAGAUAUUUGUUGUUUAAUUGAAUUAUUUUUUAGUUAACCUAGUUAACGACGUUACUUCAUCGUUCGCAGACCCUGGACGGCGGAGAAUACCAUGGAGUCGCCACGGAAGUUCAACGAUUGCUACUUUUAUUACUACUCUACAUGCAUUAAGGGUGAUGACUGUGACUUCCGUCAUGAGCCCUCGGCUCUCGGCUGUGAGACAAUGUGCACUGCAUGGCAGCAGGGCAAGUGCCUCGAUAAACGCUGCAAACUACGCCACAUGGAACUCAGGAAAAACCGCAAGCAAAUCCCGUGCUACUGGGAGAACCAACCCGGAGGCUGCCGCAAGAUACACUGCCCCUUCAUGCACAAGAACCCAGACGCUCGCACCGAUGGCAUCGCGCCGAGCCAACCUGCGCCUUCCGCACUUAGCAAACUGCUGAGCGUGCCGGAGGGCGCGGCGGAGGCGACGAUGGGCGGCGGCGUGGGCGGCGUGGGCGGAGUGGGCGGCGGCGUGGCCACCGUGGUGGCGCCCGCGCCCGUCGCCACGCCCGUGCCCGCGCCCGUGCCGCUGCUGUGGCAGCAGCAGAGCCAAGUGGUGUUGGACUCCGCCAUCCUGGGCGUGCAGCUGUCCGCCGGCAGCGAGCUGCGGCGCGUCCUGACCCCGCACCCGCACCAGGCACCGAACCCGUACGCGUCUCUGCCCGUCGACCCCCUCGUCGUCAACUUCGACGAAGAGUCGGAUAACGAAAGCGCUCCCUCCUCCACGCCCACCAAGAUCGUCUCCUCCGACGAAAUGCAGACCAUCGCUCGCACCAAGUCUCAGGAGCUCUUGCUCCUCGAGAAAAUACAGGCGGAGGCCGCCGCCUUCUACAGCUACGACACUCUCCCGCCGGCCGACCCGCCCAAGGACCGCAAGAUAGUCAGGACCAACCUCAACUCCAAGUACGACAGGCUGUCGUUAGAGGAAAUGUCGGGCAAGAAGCAACCGACCACAGAGAGACGCAACUCCUUGGACUUCAAAGUUUUGUCGUUGGACGAGAUCAGAGCUAGGAAGAAAGAAGCCAUCAUACAUACAACGCCUAUCACACUCAAUUUGAGUAGAAAGAGAAAGCUGUCGACGCAAGAGACGAUUACCACAUCGGGCAACAAAAUAAUCAAAGUGGUUCGGAGUAAUUCUAUAGUAUAUAAAAAGGUCGAUCACAAUGCUCCGCCGGCUACCACUCAAACUAAAGUAGAUCACAAACCGGCUGAAGAUGUUAGUAGAAAGCGGACGUUGUCUGAACUAAGUGAUAUGUGCGAAAUACAAGAGGACGAACUGAUAGACAAUUGUUAUGAGUUUAAACGAGUGAAAAUCGGUGAACAGACAACUAAACCUAGACUUAUAAGAAAUAGACUAUCGAGUACGAAGAAAAGUAAUGAGGAAACGAAAGAUGUAGUAGAUAAAACAGAUGAUUCUGAUUCUGAAGUACAAAUAGUUAGUGUAGAAGUGUCAGAGAAACACAUUGAUUUGUCAGCGGAGAUUGAAGUGAUAGAUGUAGACACAACUAGGCUAGGCGAACCUGUUGACAUAGUUGAUUUAAGCGAGGACCUUGAGGAAAGUGACGUAGUAUCAGACUUAGAUAUAGAUAUAGGUAAAAACGUGCCUGACGUAGUAGCCAGCUGUCAAAAAGUCAGCAAAUUAGACAAUUCAGACAAGAACCUCAUUAACGACAUAGAUGCCUUACUAAAUGACGAGUUAUGAUUUUAGAUACUGAUUAGAGUUUAAGGGUUGUACAAAAUGGAAUUCAAUGUUUGUGUUCUUGUCAAGUGAUAUUUUUGAGAAUAUAAUUAGGAUAUUUUUUUAUGAGCGUACGUCACGUACGGUGGUUUACAGCGGUAUUUGCAUAGCGAUACAAUAUUAUUAUACUCAAACUCUCGAAUCAGCAAUAACUAGUCUAGUAAAUAAUAAUAGAAAAUAUCUUGCUGGUGGUAGGAUAUAUUUUAUAUCCGCCUGGAUAGCGACCACCGUACACAAGGAGUAUAUAGUUUAAUUAAUAAUAAAAAAGGAAACUUGUUUUUGGUACAGGAUAUAUUUAAUAUCCACCCGGAUAUCUGCCAUAGUACACAAGGUGUUAAAACCCGCCACAGUGACACAUAAGUGUGUCGCGUUCCAGGGUCAUUUUGUGUAUAUCCGGUUCCAACAGGCCGGCAUAAUUAUGUCGACUGUCGAGGGGUAAUCAUCUCUCGUCAGUCGACAUUCUAUUGGACCCCACUCCACUUACCAUCAGGUGAAGUGGAGGCACUAUGCCGUAAAACUAUUAAAAAAAAAACUAAUAGGCAAUUUGUAGGUCUAUGUACAAAGGUUAGAUAGCGUUGGUUCUAAGCACAUGGUUGUAGGAUGUUGAAAGCUUUAAUUAAUAUUAAAAAUAGUUUGUGAAGCGUUGUUUUAUUGAAUACAACUCUGUUAGCAGUUGUAAUAACGAUCAAAAUAGUUUACUCAGAUAGAUUAGUUAUUCAAAAUUGAGUUUUGUAAUUUGUUACACUAAUAAGUAUGAGGAUAAUUUAAUUUGUUAAUAAAUAAAACAAAGUAAAUACUUUUAUCCAAAAGUGUAUUUAUUAUGUUAUUAAAACGUUUUACCGACAUCACACAAUUAUUCACAAUGUUUAAUACAAUUAAUUAUAAUUACCUAUACACGUUAAACUAAGAGUAAAUUCGAAACGAAUACGUCAAUUAGUGAAAAAUGUGAAUUAUUCUAAAUUAUUUAUAAAUGUAUCUGCAAUCACAAUCUCAGUUCUAAA